AUGCUCAACCAUCAGUUAAGAAUAAUAACUAGAUGGCAAUGUUUUAUAUAUAAUACACGUUAUUAUUCUAUAUCCAGAAAUGUAGAGAUUAAGUCUGUGACCCAGUUAAGACCUCGUAUAAAGGCUUCCUUUGUUAGUUCUCCAAACUCUAAAUUACAAUCCAUGAUCUGGCAAAACCCUUUACAAAAUGUUUUAAUUACAAAAAAACCUUUCACUUUAGGAACACGUGAAGCAAUGGUGAAAUUCAUUACUCACUUACAUGACUCUUAUCCUCAAGUUAAUGUUAUUGUAAAUCCAGAAGUGGCAGAAGAAAUUUCCGAGGAUUUCUUACAGACUAUUAAUAAUGAUCCUAAUAGACCACAUGUUUUAUAUACGGGUACACAACAGGAAAUCAUUCAAAAGACUGAUCUAUUAGUGACAUUGGGUGGUGAUGGGACCAUCUUACAUAGUGUUUCAAAGUUCGAAAAUCAUCAAGUACCACCUGUAUUAGCCUUUUCCUUAGGGACUUUAGGUUUCUUGUUACCAUUUGAUUUUGAGGAAUAUAAAAGUAUAUUUAACAAGGUUAUAAGUUCUAGAGCUAAAUGCUUACACAGGACAAGAUUAGAAUGUUAUAUUGUGAAACGUAAUAAGAAUAAGAAUAUUGAUGAUAACAAUGACGACACUAAGACAGAUAAGAAUAAUUUUCAAUCUGGUAACAUAAUUCGCAGGGCUAUGAAUGAUAUUUUUAUUCAUAGAGGCAAUGCACCACAUUUGGCAAACUUAGAUAUUUAUAUUGAUGGAGCCUUUUUGACAAGGACUAUGGCUGAUGGUGUUAUAGUAUCUACUCCCACAGGUUCCACAGCGUAUUCGUUAUCUGCAGGAGGGUCUAUUGUAUCUCCUUUAGUCCCUGGAAUCCUUUUAACCCCCAUUUGUCCAAGAUCGUUAUCAUUCAGACCCUUAUUGCUACCACAUUCUUCUCAUAUAAAGAUUGUUGUUGGAUCUAAGAUGAAUCAACUUAAUAAUGAUAUUGUAAUAAAUAUGUCAGUUGAUGGAUUCCGUCAAGAGAAUCUACAUCUAGGUGAUGAAAUUCAUAUUAUUAAUGAAGUUGGGACUAUUUACAUAGAAGGAACACAAAUUCCACCGUAUUAUAAGGAUAAACAAAGUGGAUUGGACAACAUUAAAAGUAACAAUAAUAAUACAGAGAGCGUAAAAGAUUCACAGUUGAAUCAUAGACUAAAUUCAGGUAUAUAUUGUAUAGCUAAGACUGAAAACGACUGGACAAAGGGCAUCAAUGAAUUGUUAGGUUUCAAUUCCAGCUUUAGGUUCACCCGUCGCCUUCAAGAUAAUUGA